AUGGCUUCACCCCACUACAACAACAGUGACGAUGAGGAGGCGCCUCCAGCUCCUCCUCUCAACGACGACUUUGUGUCGUUCCCCACCAUCCCCGACCCGGAGCAGGAGUCUAAAGGCACUUUUAAGCGGAUAUUCACCCAAACCAUCCGCAAAGUCACCACCAAUGCCACCCAUUUGGUGCCUACUUAUGGCACCCUGCCCAAGCCAGCGGAUUUCGAGAUGAAGGUCGACCCUAUCGACCUAGAAGGAGACGUCCACGACGGUAAACCGCCGGAACCGAUUAAACUGCCACCGCCACAACCAAUUACGCCAGCCCAGGUGGCGCCACCACAGAUAUCCACCUCACAAACGUUGCAAAUACCUCCUCAUACCAUGGAUAUGCCUCCUCCGACGCCACUUACUACUAAUACUGGGGGAGUGCUGAGUGCCCUGCUCCCCGUGGUCACGACAGCGGCUGCUCCCGGAGUGGAAGUAUCGUCUUCGGUGACCACUACAAACGUACCUUCGACCACUCAGGGAACGCCAAUGGAGGAGAAACUGCUGUUUUUAGAGCCGCCAUCGCGUCCGUCCAUCGGUGCCCCUUCGGUGGGGGCUCCGUCGGUGGGAGCACCACAAUUGGCACCAAUAAUGGCUACCAGUGCCACUACGAAUACCCAGAACACUACCAAUACCCAAAUGGCGCAACCGGCGCCUCGUGUCACCUCAGAUAACCGGCUGCUUCGCCUUCUGCUGUUUCAAUACCCCACCCCCAACCUGAUUAAUCUGGCGAUGCUGACACUUGCUAAUGUCACGGUGCUGCUGUAUCUGAACGACCGCAAAAAGCCUAAGCUUACACGAGACAUCUCGUCGUUGCAGAAUAAAAUUACCCUGAUUUUCAACAACUUGCCUAACGACAUUGAGCUUUCCGACGACGAAGACGAACUGGAAGACGAUGCUCUGGAAGAUACCAAGACAUUUUCCACGUCGAUACAAGAGCAGCGAAGCCAGCUGGCACUGGAUACGGAGGCGGGGAUAAGCGGUGACGAUUUAGGCGAGCAUCACCAUCACCGCCGCCCCCUGCCGGAGCUGAAACCAGGCUCAUCGGAUUUCACUGAUCUGCCGGUACUUCUGAUGAACCUUUACCUGGACCUGACCGCCCGCGAACUGCGGGUCAAAGUGUCUCAUGGCAUCACCCAAACGGUACCGGGCCCCCUGCCGUCAUUGAAACUGUUUUAUGCGCUCAAGAAUAAGGACACCGUCACCAAAAAGCCGCUGAACUUGCUGACGCUUUUGAUUGACAACGCUAAACAUAUCAUUCUGGCCACCGCCGGCACGGCGAAACGGAAGCGUCCACCGAAGCGUGGCCUGCAUAACCCGUUGAAAACCGGGGGGAUCCCUCGCAAAUACUGGAUCAACGAUGCGUUUGUCUCCGACUGUCUCAACUGCUUCAAGCCAUUCACCGCAUUUAGACGCAAACACCAUUGUCGUUUCUGUGGGCAAAUCUUUUGUCUGGAGUGCACGCUGUUCAUUCUGUAUAACCAGCAUCGUGACGAACGCCGUCGCCGUCACGCUAGAGCUGAGGGAGUACUGCUUCCGCCGCCUCUGGCUCACGAGGCCCGUAAGAUGAACCUGGACCGCUUGCGAGUGUGCAAACCGUGUCUUGUCGAUGUCAUUGUUUAUUUAAGUGAUGAUCUGACCGAUGAAGAAGAGGGAGAAGAAGAAGACGAGCAAUUUGAGGAAUCGUCCACUUCCAAAAUUGAGGAUACCGUCGCCGAGGAUGCGAUAAGUGAACACACGGUUGAGGUGCUGGCGCCCACCGUGCUCCGCAGCGCUCCUCCGAAACCAGCACCGCAAAUGGCCAUCCCCGCCACUCGUCGUCGCGGUGAAGCGGUGGAGAUUCCUGUACUGAAACAACUGCUUCCUCGCCAACCGCUGGAGCUGUUUAACCAUCCAAUGACGCUUCUGGAACUGACGCCACUGCAUUUGGCCUUCCGGUCGCCUAUUGCGUCAAAGUGGUACCCGCAAAUCAAUACCAUGUCUUCAUCCGAUUUGGACCGGCCUCGCCUGUACGAUAAUUUGCUGAGUCUCUAUUCGCUGAUGGUGGUGCGUAAGGCUCUGGCGCAGAAAUUGCGGAUGCACCUGGCUCUGGAGGAGCCAGAACACGGCAAUUACGAAGCCAAUGGCGAUGCCGUGACGUUUCUGCUGUCUCCGGGAGCUCAGUCGACUCACCAUCCUCUCAAUACCCCCAAGACCCCCGGCACGGCGCUGAGCCUGGACCUGCUGGGGCUGGAUCUGAGUGAUGCUGAGGACGAACAGGUGAUGCUGGUAUACAAUCUGCUUAUGUUCCCAGGAGGCGGAAGCUCUGCAGCAGUGCCGACAUUACGCGAGUUCCCUUUGGCCGAUACGUUUCCUCGUUACCCCGGGACGUCUCUGGGUAAGCAACUGGCGCCACUGACGCCGCUGGGAGUUGGGGUACCUCCUCCACCGCAACCACCACUGGCACUGAAAUCAAUCCACUUUGAGGAAACACCGACGCUGCUGGUGCGACUGCACGAACGAGCCCACGCUUCUUUGCUUCGGAUGAGGCUGCGGCGGAGACUGCGGUCGCUGCGUAACGUGCUGCUUUUAACCCAGCUGAACUACCGUCUUCCCAGCUUUGAAAUGAAGACGCCAUUGCCACCAGCGAGAAAAGUAUCGGUGUCGCCUCCUCCACGAGUGGUGGUAGUGAACAAUAGCAAGACCAGCCCUAUCACUCCGGGAAGUCCCAAUACCACUAGUCCCAUAUUAUCCAUACCUAAUCUGCCGACUCCAGGUAGACAGCUGAGUCGUGAAUGGCUGCGUCCGCCUCGCGAUGGGUCUCAGGAGUUAGCCGAUGUUGAAGAUAAUAAUGUGUUUGACGAUGCUGACACCGAACUGAUGGCGGCGGUAGACCCCGCUCCUUAUGUUCUGAGCUUGAGUGACUACCAGGAGCUCAUUAAUGCGGUUAUUGUCCAAUGUCUUGAGGACUCCGACGUUCACAAGCACCAUGACGAGUGGGUUCGAGUGAUUAAUGAUACUUUGAGCAACGUUCAUUAUAUCAAGCUUACGGAUACGUUGGAUAUACGCCAAUACGUCAAGAUUAAGAAGUUGCUUGGCGGCAAGAUUGCGCAAACGGCGGUGGUUGAUGGAUUGUUUUUCACCAAGAAUGUAGACCUGAAGAAGAUGGCUCUGCACGUUACCAACCCCAAGAUCGUGUUGCUCAUGUUUCCCGUGGAGUACCUCAAACAUAAGCAGCAGUUUAUUCUGUUGAGAAUGAUGCACUCUCAGCAACAAGUAUACAUCAAUAACCUUGUGCUGCGGCUUAUUCUGAUGAGUCCCGACGUGGUGGUAGUCGGUGAUAGUGUUUGUGGUCUUGCCGAGCAGUUGUUAGAAGAGGCCGGCAUCACGGUGAUUUCCAAUGCCAAACCCCAAGUGGUGGAAAGAAUCUCUCGGUACACUAAAGCCGAUAUUUUCCAGCUGGUAAAUGAUCUUUUCUUCAAGAAGGGUCAAACGGGGACUUGUCAAGAGUUUUCUGUACGUUACAGCUGCUAUAGGGGCGUGGCCAAGUCAUUGGUCUACUUUACUGGUGUAGAUAUCGAUUCAGGCUUUACCGUUGCAUUGCGUGGCGGCGACGAGGACACCUUGACUGGAGCUAAAUAUGCCGCCGAGCUGGUCUUGGCCGGGGUAUUGAAUGAGAAAUUUGAGGUGCUGUUGUUCACCGAUCUGUCUGUCACUCGCAGAGGAAUACUUAAACCAGGGCAGGGCAUCAUUGACCCUGAGUUCAAGCAGCGCUUUGAAGCAGUGAAGCUGGCAAAAGUUGAGGACAUCGGUCUUGAUCCUACGGAGGUGGUCAAGUAUAUUCAAUUAUUCUCCACCAGACUAUUGACGCUUCUGCCUCUGGUCCACUAUGGUCUUCCCGAGCCGCUUGUUCGCGUGGUGGAUGCAUUCUACGACUGGUGGCAAUACCAUAACCGCUACCAAAAAAUCCAACAAUUGAACGAUAACGACGAAGUCGCUAAUGGUCUUGUGUCGGGGUUGUCUUUACCCUCGGCCGACUCGUGUCCUAAUGGUACUACUGAUAUCGUUCACAUCAUCAAGUAUUCGCUGGAGGUUAGACUCCGUCAACUCGGUCUGGAGUUCCAGUUGAGAGCUCGCAACUGGCUGAACCUGUUGAGUUAUUCAACCUACCAGCUUUACCCGAUGUUCCAUCGCCAGAUUCACGUGCUUCAUCUGACGGUACUGAUCAAGCAUGCCACACCGUGUACUGGUCCCAGCUUGUUAGUGAUUGAUUACUACACCGAUAACGACAAGUGUCUUGGUACGUUCCUUGAUGUCAUUUUCCAGGAGAGUCCUCGUGUGUGUCGUGAGUGUGGCGAUCCUAUGCUCAACCACUACAACUCUUACGUUCACGGCCACCAUAAGUUGUUAUUGGUGGUGGAGAAGCUUUCAGUGGCUCCUCAAGUACACAAUCAACGGGUGAUGUGGAGCUACUGUCGGAUAUGUGGUGCUCAAACCCCGGUGGCACCGAUGCACGAUGAAACCUAUUACUUACUGGUGGGUAAGUUUAUGGAGCUCUCCUUCUACGGUAAAGACGUCGAGCUGGCUGAGUGUGGCCACAGCUUUUUCGCUGACUAUACUCGUUGCUUUGGGCUCAAUGAUAUGGUUAUUCGUGCUGAUCUUCUGCCGAUUGAUACUUAUGAAGUUGUCGUUCCGAAGAAGCAAUUGGAAGAUGUGUCUGAAGUUGACUUUAAUUUGAAGGUGGCACUGUAUGGUAAAAUUGAAACCAAACUUACCAAGUUUUUCGAUUCAGUGUUGACGAGAUUGACCAGAGUGAAGUUAGAUACAUUCGAUUCACCUCAACAAGGGUUGGCGGAAGUGCAAAAGAUGAAGGAAAAAGUCCAACAACAACAGAUCCAGUAUCAAGAGAAGCUUAAAGAGAUAUACGAUACCAGUUUGCCAACCAACUAUCUUGCGUUGAAUGAAGUGUUGCGGGAGGUGCAAAAGUUAGCAGUGGACUGGGAUGCUGAGUUUAGCAACUUUGAACACGAAUACUUGCCCCUGGAAAACGAUGUCACGAAAAUCACUCAAUUCCACUUGCGGAAUUUCCUCUUAGAUGCUGAUGAUCAACGACGCUCGCCUCAACCACUGGAACUGAGUUCAAACUUGGGGAGUCAACAUCUUGAUGAUUUGCCGCAAUUGAACCGAGAAAAGACUAAGGAGAUUGGUCUGAUGAUUCCUCACCUGUUAUAUGACCCCGCGACGCUGCUCAAUUUCAAGGACAAACGCACAUUGUGGCAAGAGCGCAUCAACUCUUCCAAGGACGAAGCACCUCCCAUACCUUUACAGUCUUCGAGUUCUUUGCUGCGUAAACAGCUGGAAAACCUGUUAGGUGGUACGACGGCGCCUCCCACGGGACCCAAAGUAUCGCAAUUGGCUCUGUUCUUUGAUAAGAUGAACAUCGACCAGAUUCUGAUGGAAUUCAAAAAGCAACGUGAGCGGGAACUUCGCCGUCGUGCUGACCGGUUUACGUUAGCUCAACCAGUGCUGCUGCUGAUGCCUAUCGUGGAAGUUUACGAUAAUAUUGACGAUGCGGUGGAGAAGAAAGGUGAUGUACGAAAAGAGGAUAAACUUGAAGACCACCAAAAUGAUCACAGAGAGGACCCACUGAAAGAUUCCAACCGCAAACGGGGACAAGAUAAGGAUGCUGUGAAACCUGCAAGGGAGCAAGAGACAAAGGACAUUAAGGAGAAAGAUGGUGAUACGUUGACGAUCAAAGAGGCGCCCUCGCAAACCCGAAACGUCGAACUGCUUUUUAAACAACUUACCACGUUUUGGGCUGAUCGUACGGCUACUCUUUGGGACCCGCUUGCUUAUCCGUUGGAUACUCAUGAACACACGUUUGAGGACUCUGACGUCAUUGUUCGUGAAGAUGAGCCGUCGCUGCUUGUGGCAUUUUGCUUGCUGACCGCCAACUACCGUGACAAAAUCGCCAAGAUCAGUGAAGACCCAUCCGGUACCGGAUUUGAUUUGGAGAAGACGGAGCUGAACUUGAAGAAGAUGGCCAAUUUCGAUAAGUUAGCCCGCAAAUUUAAGCAACACGGUCGCGAUCCGGGCGGGAAAAAUGCGCCGAUGGAAGAGCGUAUCAUGUGUCAGCCAAAGCUGAACCACUUGAAGUAUAAGCUUGAGGAUGGCAACACUACGUUCUCGUGCAAGAUCUUCUAUGCCCAACAAUUUGAGGCGUUCCGGUCGGCGAUAUUAGGAUCAUCGGAGCUGUUUAUCCAGCUGUUACUGAGAUGUGUCAAAUGGAAUUCCAAAGGAGGGAAACUGAAACUGCUGUUUUUGAAAACGUUAGACGAUCGCUAUAUCGUCAAGGAACUCUCCAAAACUGAGCUUGAGCUGUUUGUGCUGAUUGCCCCGUUCUAUUUCAAGUACUCGCUGCAGACGGUGUUUAACAACUUGACGCUGGCUUUGGCAAAGAUCUUUGGCUUCUACCAGAUUGAGAUUGUCAACAAAAAGGGCACUUUCCGCAUGGACUUCCUCAUUAUGGAGAACUUAUUCCACAACCAUCACACCACCCGCAUCUUUGACUUAAAGGGUCUGAUGCGGAACCGGCAUGUUCAACAAACGGGCAAAGCCGACGAGGUGUUGUUGGAUGAAAACAUGAUUGAGUACAUCUACGAAAGUCCCGUGUUUGUCGCUGAACAACUGAAAAAAUUGAUGCGGGGUUCGCUUUUUAACGAUACCCUGUUUCUUCUGGCGAUGGACGUCAUGGACUACUCGUUGGUGGUAGGCAUAGAUGACCCGCUGAAGAAGUUGUACAUCGGCAUUAUCGACUGGCUACGGGCGUUUACUUGGGACAAAAAGGUCGAGAAUUGGGUCAAGGGCAACCUUGGUGGCACUAAUAAGAAGGGGAAGGACCCCACCAUCAUUACCCCGAAACAGUAUAAGACCCGGUUCCGGGAAGCGAUGGAGCGGUACAUUUUGGAAGUCCCCGAUAUCUGGUACGAAGGCCGGCGCCAAUAG